CUUCAGUGCAGAAUCAUUCUUUUUUUCUGGUAAAAGUUGAAAGAGGAUGGAUAUGCGUAGUGUUUUCAUUGUCUUCUACUGUCUGAUGAUGGUGACUGUCUUGGGACACAUGCAGAAGAAUUCUGACUAUGUCAAGGUGUCUUCUUCUGCUCGUCAGACUGGAUAUGUCUUUGCGCAGCCUGCUGGUCUUUUGUAUGGUGCUGACGUCGAAGUCAACCUGAGCAGUGGUACAACGCUGACCCACUGGGGGGGAAUUGAGAGUCCGUCUUAUGUUAUGAAUGGAAUGGAGUACAGUGAUGGUGCUCUAGAGGUUCCUAUGGAAGGGAUGUACCAUGUCUACGCUCAAGUGUUCUGUGAUGCCAGGCAAUGGUGUGGUCAUGGAAUUAUGGUUAAUAAUGAAUCAGUUGCCAUCACUGCAAAUAAUCAGGCAACAGGAGGUGAUCGACAAUCAUUCUAUACUGGAGUGGAUGUCUAUUUGUACGAAUUCGAUGAAGUGACUGUGGUAGCACGAAAUCAGGGAACUGCAAAGUACUACUUCACCAAGCCUCGUACCAUCUUCGGUGUUAUUCGCCGAUCUGGGUGAAGACGUCCAAACGUUGACAAUGAACGGUUGCCACUUAGACAUAAAUGUUUUGUUGAUUGUAGCUGCAAGUGAUUGCAUGAUUCUGCUAGUCAAUGUAAUGUGUAGAUGUCUUGUUUGAAGAUGGUGCAUGUCUUGUCCUAGACAAAAACGGCAACCUACAGCUUAUGAAAUAUAUG